AUGGCACCCGGGAGCCGGUGGCGGCCGCCAGCCCGGCCGCCGCGGCUGCGGCUGCGGCUGCUGCUGCUGCUGGCGCUGGCGGCGGGCGCGGGCGGCCUGGAGUUCGGCGGCGGCCCCGGGCAGUGGGCUCGCUACGCGCGCUGGGCGGGCGCGGCGAGCAGCGGCGAGCUCAGCUUCAGCCUGCGCACCAACGCCACGCGCGCGCUGCUGCUCUACCUGGACGACGGCGGCGACUGCGACUUCCUGGAGCUGCUGCUGCUGGACGGCCGGCUGCGGCUGCGCUUCACGCUCUCGUGCGCCGAGCCCGCCACGCUGCAGCUGGACACGCCCGUGGCCGACGACCGCUGGCACAUGGUGCUGCUCACCCGCGACGCGCGCCGCACGGCGCUGGCGGUGGACGGCGAGGCCCGCGCGGCGGAGGUGCGCUCCAAGCGGCGCGACAUGCAGGUGGCCAGCGACCUGUUCGUGGGCGGCAUCCCGCCCGACGUGCGCCUCUCGGCGCUCACGCUCAGCACCGUCAAGUACGAGCCGCCCUUCCGCGGCCUCCUGGCCAACCUGAAGCUGGGCGAGCGGCCCCCCGCGCUGCUGGGCAGCCAGGGCCUGCGCGGCGCCGCGGCCGACCCGCUGUGCGCGCCCGCGCGCAACCCCUGCGCCAACGGCGGCCUCUGCACCGUGCUGGCCCCCGGCGAGGUGGGCUGCGACUGCAGCCACACGGGCUUCGGCGGCAAGUUCUGCAGCGAAGAGGAGCACCCUAUAGAAGGUCCGGCUCACCUGACGUUAAACAGCGAAGUAGGGUCCUUACUGUUCUCCGAGGGGGGGGCCGGGAGAGGAGGAGCCGGCGAGGUGCACCAGCCAACCAAAGGCAAGGAGGAGUUUGUGGCCACCUUCAAAGGCAACGAGUUCUUCUGCUACGACCUGUCACACAACCCGAUCCAGAGCAGCACCGACGAGAUCACCCUGGCCUUCCGCACCCUGCAGCGCAACGGGCUGAUGCUGCACACGGGCAAGUCGGCCGACUACGUCAACCUCUCCCUCAAGUCCGGCGCCGUCUGGCUGGUCAUCAACCUGGGCUCAGGGGCCUUCGAGGCCCUCGUGGAGCCCGUCAACGGCAAGUUCAACGACAACGCCUGGCACGACGUCCGGGUCACCCGAAACCUGCGCCAGGUGACCAUCUCGGUGGACGGGAUCCUGACCACCACAGGCUACACGCAGGAGGACUACACCAUGCUGGGCUCCGACGACUUCUUCUACAUUGGGGGCAGCCCCAACACCGCUGACCUGCCGGGCUCGCCCGUCAGCAACAACUUCAUGGGCUGCCUCAAGGAUGUGGUCUAUAAGAACAACGACUUCAAGCUGGAGCUCUCCCGCCUGGCGAAGGAAGGGGACCCCAAGAUGAAGCUGCAGGGGGACCUGUCCUUCCGCUGUGAGGACGUGGCUGCGCUGGACCCCGUGACCUUUGAGAGCCCCGAAGCCUUCGUGGCCCUGCCCCGCUGGAGCGCCAAGCGCACGGGCUCCAUCUCCCUGGACUUCCGCACCACCGAGCCCAACGGGCUGCUGCUGUUCAGCCAGGGCCGGCGGGCCGGGGCCGGCUCCGGCAGCCACGGCGCUGCCCAGCGGGCCGACUACUUCGCCAUGGAGCUGUUGGACGGCUACCUCUACCUCCUCCUGGACAUGGGCUCCGGGGGCAUCAAGCUUCGGGCGUCCAGCCGCAAGGUCAACGACGGCGAAUGGUGCCACGUGGACUUCCAGCGGGACGGGCGCAAAGGCUCCAUCUCGGUGAACAGCCGGAGCACCCCCUUCUUGGCCACGGGGGAGAGUGAGAUCUUGGACCUGGAGAGCGAGCUGUACCUGGGCGGCCUCCCCGAGGGGGGCCGAGUGGACCUGCCGCUGCCCCCGGAGGUGUGGACGGCGGCCCUGCGGGCCGGCUACGUGGGCUGCGUGCGCGACCUGUUCAUCGACGGGCGCAGCCGAGACCUGCGCAGCCUGGCGGAGGCUCAGGGCGCGGCGGGCGUCGCCCCGUUCUGCUCCCGGGAGACGCUGAAGCAGUGCGCGUCCGCGCCCUGCCGCAACGGGGGCCUCUGCCGGGAAGGCUGGAACCGCUUCGUCUGCGACUGCGUCGGGACCGGCUUCCUAGGGCGGGUCUGCGAGAGAGAGGCCACGGUCCUGAGCUACGACGGCUCCAUGUACAUGAAGAUCAUGCUGCCCAACGCCAUGCACACGGAGGCCGAGGACGUGUCCCUGCGCUUCAUGUCCCAGCGGGCCUACGGGCUCAUGAUGGCCACCACCUCCAGGGAGUCCGCCGACACCCUGCGCCUGGAGCUGGACGGGGGGCAGAUGAAGCUCACAGUCAAUCUCGACUGCCUGCGCGUCGGCUGCGCACCCAGUAAAGGCCCCGAGACGCUCUUUGCGGGCCACAAGCUCAACGACAACGAGUGGCACACGGUGAGGGUGGUGCGGCGAGGCAAGAGCCUGCAGCUGUCCGUGGACAACGUGACCGUGGAGGGGCAGAUGGCGGGAGCCCACACGCGGCUGGAAUUCCACAACAUCGAGACGGGCAUCAUGACGGAGCGGCGCUUCAUCUCCGUGGUGCCCUCCAACUUCAUCGGGCACCUGAGCGGGCUGGUGUUCAACGGCCAGCCCUACAUGGACCAGUGCAAGGACGGCGACAUCACCUACUGCGAGCUCAACGCCCGCUUCGGCCUGCGCGCCAUCGUGGCCGACCCGGUGACUUUCAAGAGCCGCAGCAGCUACCUGGCGCUCGCCACGCUGCAGGCCUACGCCUCCAUGCACCUCUUCUUCCAGUUCAAGACCACGGCCCCCGACGGGCUCCUCCUGUUCAACUCGGGCAAUGGCAACGACUUCAUCGUCAUCGAGCUGGUCAAGGGGUACAUCCACUAUGUGUUCGACCUGGGGAACGGCCCGUCCUUGAUGAAGGGGAACUCCGACAAGCCCGUCAACGACAACCAGUGGCACAAUGUGGUGGUGUCCAGGGACCCGGGCAACGUGCACACGCUCAAGAUCGACUCCCGCACCGUCACGCAGCACUCCAAUGGCGCCCGGAACCUCGACCUCAAAGGGGAGCUGUACAUUGGUGGCCUGAGUAAGAAUAUGUUCAGCAACCUGCCCAAGCUGGUGGCCUCCCGGGACGGCUUCCAGGGCUGCCUGGCCUCGGUGGACCUCAACGGGCGCCUCCCGGACCUCAUCGCCGACGCCCUGCACCGCAUCGGGCAGGUGGAGAGGGGCUGUGACGGCCCCAGCACCACCUGCACCGAAGAAUCCUGUGCCAACCAGGGCGUCUGCCUGCAGCAAUGGGACGGCUUCACCUGCGACUGCACCAUGACCUCUUACGGGGGCCCCAUCUGCAACGACCCCGGGACCACAUACAUCUUUGGGAAGGGGGGCGCCCUCAUCACCUACACGUGGCCCCCCAAUGACCGGCCCAGCACGAGGAUGGACCGCCUGGCCGUGGGCUUCAGCACCCAUCAGCGGAGCGCGGUGCUGGUGCGGGUGGACAGCGCCUCUGGCCGGGACUACCUACAGCUGCACAUUGACCAGGGCACCGUGGGGGUGAUUUUUAAUGUGGGCACGGACGACAUUACUAUUGAUGAGCCCAACGCCAUCGUGAGUGACGGCAAAUACCAUGUGGUGCGCUUUACUCGAAGCGGCGGAAACGCCACUCUGCAGGUGGACAGCUGGCCGGUCAACGAACGGUACCCAGCAGGAAACUUUGAUAACGAGCGCCUGGCGAUUGCUAGACAGAGAAUCCCCUACCGGCUUGGUCGAGUAGUAGAUGAGUGGCUGCUCGACAAAGGACGCCAGCUGACCAUCUUCAACAGCCAGGCUGCCAUCAAGAUCGGGGGCCGGGAUCAGGGCCGCCCCUUCCAAGGCCAGGUGUCAGGCCUCUACUACAACGGGCUCAAGGUGCUGGCGCUGGCCGCCGAGAGCGACCCCAACGUGCGGACCGAGGGCCACCUGCGCCUGGUGGGGGAGGGGCCGUCCGUGCUGCUCAGCGCGGAGACCACCGCCACCACCCUGCUGGCCGACAUGGCCACCACCAUCAUGGAGACCACCACCACCAUGGCCACCACCACCACGCGCCGGGGCCGCUCCCCCACGCUGAGGGACAGCACCACCCAGAACACAGAUGACCUCUUGGUGGCCUCAGCCGAGUGUCCCAGUGAUGACGAGGACCUGGAGGAGUGUGAGCCCAGUACUGGAGGAGAGUUAAUUUUGCCCAUUAUCACGGAGGACUCCCUAGACCCCCCUCCCGUGGCCACCCGGUCCCCCUUCGUGCCCCCGCCCCCCACCUUCUACCCCUUCCUCACCGGCCUGGGCGCCACCCAGGACACCCUGCCCCCGCCCGCCGCGCGCCGCCCGGCCCCCGGGGGCCCGUGCCCGGCCGAGCGCGAGGACAGCGACUGCGACGAGCCCAUCGAGGCCUCGGGCUUCGCCUCCGGGGAGGUCUUUGACUCCAGCCUCCCCCCGACGGACGACGAGGACUUUUACACCACCUUCCCCCUGGUCACGGACCGCACCACCCUGCGGGCCCCCCGCAAGCCCGCGCCCCCCCGGCCCAACCUCAGGACAGACGGGGCCACGGGCGCCCCCGGGGUGCUGCUCGCCCCCUCCGCCCCGGCCCCCAACCUGCCCGCGGGCAAAAUGAACCACCGAGACCCGCUGCAGCCCCUGCUGGAGAACCCGCCCCCCGCGGGCCCCGGGGCGCCCACGGCCUUCGAGCCCCGGCGGCCGCCGCGCCCCGGCGCCACCUCAGCGCCCGGCUUCCCCCGUCUGCCCACAGCCAGCCCCACGGGGCCCGGGGAGCGGGGCCCGCCGGGCGCGGUGGAGGUGAUCCGCGAGUCCAGCAGCACCACGGGCAUGGUGGUGGGCAUCGUGGCGGCCGCGGCGCUCUGCAUCCUCAUCCUCCUCUACGCCAUGUACAAGUACCGCAACCGCGACGAGGGCUCCUACCAGGUGGACCAGAGCCGGAACUACAUCAGUAACUCGGCCCAGAGCAAUGGCGCCGUGGUGAAGGAGAAGGCCCCGGCCGCCCCCAAGACGCCCAGCAAGGCCAAGAAGAACAAGGACAAGGAGUAUUACGUCUGAGCCCCGGCACCGCCCCACUGCCAGCCGCCCCGGAGCGGGGCGCCCCCCCCACCCCCCGCCG